UGUCAAAGAGUUCAAUGUCAAUGAGAACCAGCUGCAGCUGUACCAGGAGAAGUGCAACCGAAGGUUGCGAGAGAAAAGAGUCAGCAACAGCAAGUUCUACUCAUAGAAGCCGGUGUACAUGUGUAAGUGUGUGGUGUGUGCAUGUGGAGGACGGUGCUCUGUUCCAUCCCAUGUAAGAGACUACUGUGUGGCAUCAUCCUCUCUCCAGGCUGCCAUCAACAUGACAUUUGUGGAGAAGACCCAACGGGCACAAGUCGGGUUAAGUUCCUGCUAGUGUUUUUCACUUUGGACAGUUUCUUAACUUAAAUUCUUUAUAGAGGAUCCAAAAAUGAGCUCUCGUUUUGGCCUUUCAUGUUCCAACCCUCACUAAAUAAAAGCAACAGAAAUCUCAA